AGUAAUAGCUACAGCUUGCUGGUUAAUAAAACAGCUAACAUGGCCGCGGUGUGUUUUCUCGUUCUGGGUGAAGCUAACAAACUGCUUUAAAGUCAGUCAGGAGUGCAUGUUUGGAUGAUGAUGUCUCUGCAGCAGCAGUCCGGGGAGGAUUCAGCAUCCUGCUAAAGGAGACAGUGAGACCAGCUGAUGCAGGUAGCAGACCGGAUAUAAAGCUUAGGGGCGAUCCUGAAUGCUUUGGUGCAAGUGGGAGGCACCAUGGCCGGUAAGGUGAAGUGGGUGACAGAUAUUGAGAAAUCUGUGCUCAUCAAUAACUUUGAAAAAAGGGACUGGAUUCAAGUAACAGAGAACGAGGAUUGGAAUUUCUACUGGAUGAGCAUCCAGACUAUCAGGAAUGUGUUCAGCGUGGACACUGGCUACCGCCUGUCUGAUGAGCAGAUGGUAAACCACUUCCCCAACCACUACGAGCUGACCAGAAAGGACCUGAUGAUCAAGAACAUCAAACGCUACCGCAAAGAGCUAGAAAAGGAAAACAGUCUGCUUGCAGAGAAGGAUGAGAAUGGGAAAUACAUUUAUUUAGACUUUGUCCCUGUGACGUUCAUGCUUCCUGCUGAUUAUAACUUGUUCGUGGAGGAGUUUCGUAAGAAUCCAUCCAGCACCUGGAUCAUGAAGCCCUGUGGGAAGGCCCAGGGCAAAGGCAUCUUCCUCAUCAACAAGCUGUCUCAGAUUAAAAAGUGGUCGAGGGACAGUCGCACCUCAACGUUUGUGGCAGCAUCCAGUGGGAAAGAGGCGUACGUGAUCUCUUUGUACAUUGACAAUCCUCUGCUGAUAGGAGGGAAGAAGUUCGACCUGCGCCUCUAUGUUCUGGUGACAACAUACCGGCCCCUGAAAUGUUACAUGUACAAGCUGGGCUUCUGCAGGUUCUGCACAGUGAAGUACACCCCCAGCACCAGUGAACUGGACAACAUGUUUGUUCACCUCACUAAUGUGGCCAUCCAAAAACACGGAGACGACUACAACCACGUUCACGGAGGCAAGUGGACAGUCAGUAACCUGCGUUUGUACCUGGAGAGCACCAGAGGGAAGGAAGUGACAAACCGACUCUUUGACCAGAUCCACUGGAUCGUGGUGCAGUCGCUGAAGGCCGUAGCACCUGUAAUGAACAAUGACAAGCAUUGCUUUGAGUGUUACGGGUAUGACAUCAUUAUUGAUGACAGGCUGAAGCCGUGGCUUAUCGAGGUCAACGCUUCGCCCUCGCUGACCUCCAGCACGGCGAAUGACCGUAUACUCAAAUACAACCUGAUCAACGACACCCUAAACAUCGUUGCGCCCAACGGGGAGCUCCCGGACUGUCGCUGGAACCGCAGUCCGCCCAAAGAGGCUCUGGGCAACUAUGAAGUCCUGUACGACGAGGAGCAGGCGCAGAGCGAGAACGCUGAGCGUGACCUUCGGAGCCGCUCAGGUCAGCCGCUGGGUUCAAAGGGCGCCAAGGGGAGUGCCGGCGUUCGCCCCGCUGCAGCCACAUGGAAAUGA